UUAUAGGUUUAUUCUGAGUUGAAUUGAAGUAAAAGACUCCAGUAACGACAGUGGAAAUAUCAGCAAAACACCACAAUGGCAAGUAAUUGGUCAGUCUGUGGUAUCUGUGACUUUCGACAUGUCACCAAACCAUCAGUGGUGUGGUGUUCUGAAUGCGACGAAGGACUUUGUGAUGACUGUAAAGAACACCACAGCAUUUCCAAAUCGUCACGUGAUCAUGACACCGUACCUAUUGAUGAUUACCAAAACUUACCAACUGAAGUUCAACAAGUUGCACAGUCUUGUAAAAUACAUAACCAAAAGUACCAAAUAUUUUGCAAAAUACACGCCUGUCCAUGCUGUGCGAAAUGUGUUAUCGAUGAACACAAUGACUGUAAGGUGUUUGUUGAUAUUGAUGACGUCAUCAAAAACGUUAAAUCAUCCACCGCUUUUCAGGAGAUUGAGCUGACCCUUAUCGAUAUGGUCGAGUACAUUGAAAGAGUCAAGAAAGAUCGUGAAGAAAAUUUACUGUCCAUAAAAGAACAGAAAGAAAAAAUUGAGACAAAAAUACUUCAGACAAGGGAGGAAAUUAACAAUCAUCUUGAUUUACUUCAGGAGAUGUUAACUGAAGCAAUUAAUUUAGCUAUUGAUAAAGAAAAUGAAGAUACUCACACAUUCCUGAUAUCAGUUGAGCAGAAUGAGAAAGAUAUUAAAGAAUUUCAAUCCAACCAUUUGAAAAUAAAGCACCAUGCUUCUGAACUGCAGACGUUUCUUAUUUUGAAACAAAUGGAACGUGACAUUGCUGCAAAGGAAGAAUUGAUACAAUCUUUUAACAAAAGUCUGAACCAUCAUCAUUUUUCUUUGAAGAUCGACACAACCUUGGAAAAAUUUGCAAGCAAUAUUAAAACAUUUGGAGAAGUUAUUAAAGUGAUGAAACCAAAUGCUAUUCCCUUUGUACGGCAGAAGGAUAAACAAGCCGCCCAGUCGUUAGUUCCUGUACCAGCCAAGUCUAUAGAUGACAUAACAUUAACGUUGGUUCAGUCCAUCAAUACGUAUAGUGAUAAAGUUACGGGUUGUACAAUACUUCCAGAUGGUAGAAUGGUCUUUACCUGUUACCAUCCCAGGGGCGAUGUUACAGUUUGCAAGCCUUGUGGAUCGAAAGACUUUGAAGUUAAACCAGGAAAUGCUUUUGAUGUUGUAUAUAUAGGCGAUAAUAUUAUAGCUGUAACCUCUGGUUAUUACUCACAUGAUAUUCAUUUAAUAGAUAUAAAACUAAAGACCAUUAAAAAAACAUUGAAUGUUGGUUCAAGUAAUGACGGAAUAGCUCUAUAUAAUAAGGACUUGAUAUACUGUGCAAGAGCGCAAGGGUUGAAGAAAAUAAGUUUAACAGAUGAUUCUGCUAGUACAAUCAUAAAUUCAAAACUAAGAGAUUGGUCGUAUGUAAAAACAUUCAAUGACACAAUAAUCUAUACCGGCAGAGACCAAAGUACAGUCACAUGCACAGAUAUGCAAGGACAGAUUAAAUGGGAAUUCAGGAAUCUGAGUGUUCUGAAAUAUCCUCUUGGUAUAGCUGUAGACAAUAGUGGGAAUGUUUAUGUGAUAGGACGUGAUUCUUGUAAUGUGGUAGUUAUCUCCCCCGAUGGACAACGGCAUAGACAAUUAUUAUCUACAAGAGACGGUCUUAAGGAGCCCAAUGUUUUGCACUAUGACUUGAUUACUAACAAGUUGUUAGUAGCAAACGUGAAAGAAAAGGCAUUUUUGUUUGAUGUGACAUCAUAAACUAAACAUGUUUAACAUUUAUGUAUUUUUUGUUAUUGUCUUUAUCAUGUUUAUAAUCUAGUAUUCAAAGCCAGCCUCGUAGAUAAUCCAGUGUUAUAUAUUCAAAAUGUUUUUACCAUAUGAUUACAAAUAUCUGUCUUAAUGCUAAUUACGUUCAUCUUAAAUUUGUUUGAAGCGCUGUAUGACCGACAGUCUUCAUACACCUUAGAUGUAUUGCAGGUUUUGAUUCAGCUCAGAGUUACGAAUAUACAUUGUACAAGUCAUUAACCCCUUUAAGGAUUCUAUUUAAAAUUGCAAACAUCCUUGGCCAGGUUUUUUUUUUAUUUUCCAGAAAUCGUCAUCAUAUUCCACUUGGUUUUCAUAACUUAACAUUUCGUCGUAAGAAUCUGAGAAUUAUGUAUUUACCAUUUUCCAAGUAAAAUCACAAAAAUACUGAAAAUCUCUAAUCAAGUGGCAAAAUCAAAAGCUGAAACACAUCAAACGAAUAAAUAACAACUGUCACAUUCCUGACUUGGUUCAUGCAUUUUCAACCGGUUUUUCGAAGUAAAAACCGGUUAUUGAUUUGGGGAUGAAGGCAGAAGUGCGGGCGGCUACCAAAUACUGUCUCUACAAUAACAUAUGAAAACCCUUUGACGAAAUGUUUUCAAAUUUGCAUAUGUUGUGUCCUGCGACUGUAUGAACAAGUUCAAUUUUCGCGAUUUUAGUUCUUCUCAAUGUUGCAAAAGUUUUCAUCCGCUGUCAUAUACAAAAGUGGUAUUUAUACUGUCAUUGAGUUAUUUCUCUUUGUUCAGAAAUUGUUGACUUUAUACAUAAAGUAUAAAAUUUAUGUCUUAUCUGACAAUUACAAUUCGAGUGACAUAUUUAUUUAAUAAUUUUUCUGUUUUCUGAGUGAUGAUGAAUUAAAGCUAUA